UGUGCGUGCCGGAAAAGUGCGCAACGCUUUUCCUUAGAUUUUGUUUUGUUUUUUUUUUUUUUUGUUAAACACCUUCGCGCGCUUCCACGUGAAUCCAACGGCUUACGAAAAUGACGACCAAAAUGGCCAUAAAUGCAAAGGAUAUAUUCCGCAACCAGCAUCGCCUGAUACGCUUCAUCGAGCAGUCCAUACGGCUGUGCAGCAAUCAAUCCUUGAAGACGGCUCAGCAGCAACAGAAGAGCACAGCGCCAGACUUUGAGAUCAGCGCCUCGGUCAACACGGAGUACACACAUGCGCCGGAGCCGAUCAAGCACGACAAGGAUCUGGGCCAUUUGUUCAAGGCAUCACAGCUGGCCGUGCGGCUGGCGACGCCGCAACAAUUGCAGCCCAAGCCGGACAACGAUGAGGAGCUCGGCUUUGGCAAACUGUUUACGGAUCACAUGCUCAAAAUCUAUUAUCACAAGAGCCUGGGCGGCUGGCAGAAGCCGGAGAUAACGCCGCUGGAGAAUCUGGUCAUGCAUCCGGCCGCCAAGGUGCUUCACUAUGCCGUCGAGCUCUUUGAGGGCAUGAAGGCGUACCGUGGCAUCGACGGCAAGAUUCGCAUCUUCCGGCCGGACAUGAAUAUGGCCCGCAUGAAUUUGGCCGCCCAGCGUUCCGGCUUGCCCACAUUCGAGGGCAAGGAGUUUGUCCAAUGCCUGUCCCGUCUGCUCUCCAUUGACUCCGAGUGGGUGCCACACACAGAAGCCGCCAGCCUUUACAUCCGACCCACAUUGAUUGGCAUCGAUCCCACAUUAGGCGUUGCCUCAUCCGAUUCGGCGCUGCUCUACUCCAUACUCAGCCCAGUGGGCAGCUACUUCAAGACUGGCAGCAACGGCGCCGUCUCCCUACUGGCGGAUCCCAGCUACACCCGCGCCUGGCCCGGCGGCGUUGGCAAUCGCAAAAUGGGCUCCAACUAUGCACCCACCAUCAACGUACAAAAGGAGGCAGCCGCACGCGGACUGCAGCAGGUGCUCUGGCUCUAUGGCGAGGAUCAUCAGCUGACCGAAGUGGGCACCAUGAACAUCUUCAUGUUCUAUGUCAACGAUCAAGGAGAACAAGAACUGAUUACCCCACCCCUGAAUGGUCUCAUACUGCCGGGCAUCACACGCGACUCGAUUCUGGCCAUGGCCCGACAGUGGGGCAAGUUCAAGGUGCGCGAGGGUGUCUUCACCAUGCCCAUGAUUAGCGAGCUGCUCAACCAGGGACGCCUGCUCGAACUGUUCGGCACGGGCACCGCCUGCGUGGUUAGUCCCAUAAAUCGCAUCAACUAUAUGGGCCAGGAUCUGUAUAUACCCACCAUGGAGCAGGAGAAGCCCGUGCAUGAGCUCAUACGCGAGACACUCACCGAUAUACAGUACGGCAAGGUGGACCAUCCCUGGGCCGUCGUAAUUGACUAACCAAUAGAUGAUCCACACGUGAAAAGCCCAACCAGCAGCACCCAACUGGUCCUAGUUGUGGGUCAGCACAGUUGUGUAUUAGUAGGUUAUAGUUCCAACAGUUUACAGUUUCUGGGUUGCCGAUGUGCUCGAAUUUUUUGUCUGUUGCAUUUAACGAGUGUUUGCCUAACAUUCGAUCUAUACGUAAAACGCAUAUACAUAUAAUACACUAUACUAUAUACAAUAUACAUAUACAUAUACAUAUACAUAUAUAUAAAUACAUGUAUAGCUAAGUUAAGGGCCGGGCUUUGCACCCAUGCUAUAUAGUUACUAUAUAUCAUAUCUAGCAUUUUUCGUAUAAGACGCACUUUAUUUUUAAUUCAUAAUUUAUUUAUGCCCCCUAUUUUUUUUUUUUUGUUUGGCUUGUCCACACUAUUAUUAUUUUUACAAAACUACUUUAUUCAGUUCAGGAUCAGAUCAGAGACAAAGCAAUUAUGCUAGUAAUGAAAUUUCAUUAAGAUUUAUGAAUGCCUUUUGCAUGCUUUUACUUCCAAAUCAAACGAAUCAAACGAAUCGAAAGCACAAAAACAAAAAAAAAAAAGAAUAUAAAUAAACCAAAUGUAAAACAAUAAAAAGUGAGAAAUGCUAAGAAAAUAAUUUAAUUGAUAGCCAAAGUUAGGUUCAGGAACUGCCAAAAGGCGCAGACCUAAAAAGAGAGAAGAAAAACAAAAACAACAACAACAAAAUCUAAUUAAUUUUGGAAA